AUGGAUUCGCUCGACCCGCUCCAGAACCUGGAGUAUUUUUCUCUUGUUUCCAAAAUCACCACGGAGCUCUCCAACCAUCUCGGCAUCAACGACAAGACACUCUCAGAGUUCAUAAUCAACCUCCAUGACACCUCGGGGUCGCCCGCCGAGUUCAAGACCGCGAUUGCGGCAAUGGGCGUUGAGUUUCCGGACUCGCUGAUUACGAGCGUCGAUAGGCUAAUCCUGACAAUGCAUCCGAAGCACAAGAAUAAGCGCAAGGAGGCGAAGGAGGAUGGUGAGAAGAAGGGAAUGGACUUGGAUACCAAGAGUCGUGUGUUUAAGGGUCUCGCGCUACCUGAUCGGGAGCUACCAUGGAAAGACGAUGAGGAACAGGACGAGGGGAAGGGAAAGGAUGCCAUCGAUGAUAUGAUGAGUAUGCUGGAGAACCUGGAGGGCAAAGCGAAAGGAAAAGCUCCCCAAGCUUCAAAGCCCGCCGCUGGUGGCGACGACCUCUUAGGCUUUUUGGAGUCGAUGGAGCCCGGCCGGUCUUCUAAACCAGUUGACAGACCUUCACGGAAGCGAUCUCGCUCUCCCAGUCCCGGCUAUGGUGGCGGAAAGAGCUCUACGAGGUACCGGUCUCGUUCGCGGUCAGCCUCUCGCGACCGCGGCCGGAGACGACGGCAUCGUGACGGUUACGAGGAUCUAGAGGAUCGUAAUGGUAGUGGGAAAGGCUACGGUGGAGGGCGGGAGCGUCGCAGUCAUUACGAUGAUGAUUUCAAGAAACCUGCGAUGGACCUAGACGACGAGCCGAUUCUUUUCAAGAUCUACGAUGGGAGGGUCACCUCGGUAAAGGACUUUGGCGCAUUUGUUAACCUCUUGGGUGUCCGCGGUAAAGUCGAUGGCCUCGUUCACGUCUCUGAGAUACAGGAAGAGCGUGUCAAUAACCCAUCAGACCUUUUGGGCAAGGGUCAGCCUGUCAAGGUCAAGAUCAUCAGCAUCCAAGGUUCGCGUAUUGGGCUAUCGAUGAAGAGCGUCAACCAGAAGACAGGUCGUGACCUCGAUCCCGCAAAGCGGAUAGCCUCAGGUGCAAACAUGGAAUCUCUUGACGGUUCGAGUAACCGCUAUGGCUCUCUCGACACAGAGACUGUCCCUGUCUUUGAGGGCGAAAUCGAUCACAAAGCAAUGCGGACUAAGAAGCGUAUGACCUCCCCCGACCGCUGGGAAAUCAAACAGCUUAUUGCAUCCGGAGCCAUCAGCGCAGCAGACUACCCGGAUAUUGAUGAAGAGUACCACGCGACACUUACCGGCGAAGGCCAAUUCGAAGAGGAGGAAGACGUUGAUAUCGAAGUUCGUGGCGAGGAACCCCCGUUUCUCGCUGGUCAGACCCGACAAUCCCUGGAGCUUUCGCCGAUCCGUGUUGUCAAAGCUCCAGACGGCUCCCUCAACAGAGCUGCCAUGGGAGGUACCGCAUUGGCAAAAGAGCGCCGAGAGCUCCGGCAACAGCAGUCCGCUGAUCAGGCUGCUGAGGAGGCACAAAAAGUUGAUCUUACCGCGCAAUGGCAAGAUCCAAUGGUUGCUCCGGAGGAAAGGAAAUUUGCAAGCGAUCUCAAGAGCACACGCCUGAACAAAGGUGCCGACGAUAUGCCGGAGUGGAAGAAAGCUACCAUGUCAAAGAACAUGUCCUUUGGACGUAUUACAAGCAUGUCGAUCAAGGAACAGCGUGAAUCGCUUCCUGUCUACAAGCUCCGGAGCUCCCUCAUCAAAGCUGUUCACGAGAACCAGUUACUUAUUGUUGUUGGAGAUACCGGUUCAGGAAAGACUACACAGAUGACACAGUACCUCGCUGAGGCAGGAUUUGCAGACCGAGGGAUCAUUGGUUGUACUCAGCCGCGUCGUGUCGCUGCCAUGUCAGUAGCUAAGCGUGUCGCCGAGGAGGUCGGCUGUCGAGUGGGUCAGGAAGUUGGGUACACUAUUCGUUUUGAGGAUUGCACAAGUCCUGAGACAAAGAUCAAGUACAUGACGGAUGGUAUGCUGCAGCGUGAAGUCUUGCUAGACCCAGAUCUUAAGAGGUAUAGCGUUAUUAUGUUGGAUGAGGCUCACGAGCGGACAAUUGCGACGGAUGUGUUGUUUGGUUUGCUCAAAAAGACCUUAAAGAGGCGGCCGGAUCUGAAAUUGAUUGUCACUUCGGCGACGUUGGAUGCUGAAAAGUUUUCGAAUUACUUUAACCAGUGCCCUAUCUUUACGAUUCCUGGAAGGACAUACCCGGUAGAGGUUUUGUACACGAAGGAGCCGGAGAGCGAUUAUCUUGAUGCAGCACUUAUUACAGUUAUGCAAAUCCAUCUUUCAGAACCUCCCGGAGACAUUUUGUUAUUCUUGACAGGUCAAGAGGAGAUUGAUACCUCCUGCGAGAUUCUAUAUGAGCGGAUGAAGGCCCUUGGACCUAGUGUGCCGGAUCUCAUUAUCCUACCUGUCUAUUCCGCCCUCCCUUCUGAGAUGCAAUCGAAGAUUUUCGACCCCGCCCCACCAGGGUCAAGAAAAGUAGUUAUCGCCACCAAUAUUGCAGAAACAUCCAUCACUAUUGAUCAAAUCUACUACGUCGUUGAUCCUGGUUUCGUCAAACAGAACGCUUUCGACCCCAAGCUCGGUAUGGACAGUUUGGUUGUUACGCCAAUUUCACAAGCACAGGCCAAACAGAGAGCUGGAAGAGCUGGACGUACCGGGCCCGGAAAAUGUUACAGACUAUACACGGAAGCUGCGUUCCAGAGUGAAAUGUUACCUACAUCCAUUCCCGAGAUUCAACGACAGAACUUGUCAACUACCAUUUUGAUGUUAAAGGCAAUGGGGAUCAACGAUCUGCUGCAUUUCGACUUUAUGGAUCCGCCUCCGACCAACACUAUGUUAACAGCGCUUGAGGAGCUCUAUGCGCUCUCCGCUCUCGAUGACGAAGGAUUGCUGACACGUCUUGGUCGCAAGAUGGCUGAUUUCCCUAUGGAACCUGCACUAGCCAAGGUGCUGAUUGCAAGUGUAGACAUGGGCUGCAGUGAUGAGAUGCUCAGCAUCGUUGCCAUGUUGUCCGUGCAAACCGUCUUCUACCGCCCCAAAGAAAAGCAAGCCGCCGCCGACGCCAAAAAGGCCAAGUUCCACGACCCCACGGCGCGGUCUAUGAAGCGUGCCAAGGAUGUGAGGGCACAGCUGGAGAUGAUCAUGUCUAGGUAUCGCCAUAAGAUAGUGUCUUGCGGCAGGAAUACCAUGAUGGUUAGACAGGCGCUGUGUUCGGGCUUCUUCAGAAACAGUGCUAGGAAGGACCCGCAGGAGGGGUAUAAGACUUUGAUUGAGGGUACCCCGGUGUAUAUGCAUCCUAGUUCAGCGCUGUUUGGAAAGCCGGCGGAACAUGUCAUCUUUCAUACACUGGUCAUGACAACGAAGGAGUAUAUGCACUGCACUACUGCUAUUGAACCGAAGUGGCUAGUCGAGUGUGCCCCCAACUUCUUCAAAGUCGGCGGCGGGAAAGGCGAGCUAUCAAAACGGAGAAAAAACGAGCGGAUUCAACCGCUAUUCAACCGCUUCGGCGACGGCGACGACUCGUGGCGGUUGUCUGCGCAGAAGAGACAAGGAAGAGGAGGUGGUGGCGGUACUUGGGGUUAG